UGAGAUAACAACAGGAAGUUAAGUGCUGCAUCAAGAGAAAUGUGAAUGCUGAGAAAAAGAAAUAAUUAAACGUGCUCGAAGGGAUGCAAAUAUUAAUCUGUGGAGAUUAGGAGAGUUCUUGCAGUCGAACAGAUGAGUUUGCGAGCUUUAUGGAUUAUAUUUUAUGAAAAGGGAGAAAAUGCAUCUGUACGGUUUUCAAGGAGGUUUUCCACUGUGGAACACCGCGCUAAAAUCAUGGCAGGUUCCUCCUACGUUGCCGUCCCAGAGGACAGGAUCUUCCUGCAGCUCCUGCUCACUGAGCUGGGCCUUUCCAGCCCUAACAAGCCCUACGUAGCUGAGAGAGAUGAUUGCCUUUAUCGUCCACGUUCACCAGCUGUGGAGCUGCGUUUGAAUGGAAAGCAAACAUUGUGGCCUGUGCUGGCCAUCUCUCAGGGUCCACUCAUCCUGGCUUGCCUCCCAUUAGUGGAUAUCCCCAACGAGCCGCGACCACCUCUGGCCAGCCUGCUGUCAGUGUCUCAGGGUCUCACAUUUCUAGCUGGCCUCCAGACCUUUGUCCUAGGUUCAGGGGGGAAGCUUGACAGGGAGGGGCUGGACUCUCGUGUGGCAAUGCUGCCACCUCUCCUCUUACAGGUGUGUCCUCUUGGCACACCUCUUGAUACCAUACCACUGGCAGGAACACCUACUGCACCCACGGCGCCCACAUCUACAGUCACCCAGAAGCAGCCAGCCUGGAAGACGGGUCUAUAUCGGGGUCGAGCCUCUGUGAAUGUGGCUGUGGUUGAAACAGUGCGCUCCAUGCAGUAUGGGAACCAGAGCAGACAGGAUACGUGGGAUGUUUAUGGGACAGUGACCUGCAAGUGUGAAGUAGAGGGGGUGCUGCCAAACGUCACUGUGACCCUCACGCUGCCACCCAACGGUUCUCCACUGCAGGACAUCCUGGUCCAUCCCUGCGUGUCCUCUCUGGACUCUAAUAUACUGACCGCCAGCAGUGUUGAUGAUGCAGAUGGCUCGGCUUUCUCUGGGCCAUACAAGUUCCCCUUUUCUCCUCCUCUGGAGCCAUUUAGACUUUGCAGCUACACUUCACAGGUUCCUGUUCCCCCCAUCCUUGGCUUUUAUCAGCUGAAGGAAGAGGAGAAUAACCUUCGCGUGAGUGUGUCCCUCAAGCUCCACGAGUCUGUGAAGAACAGCUUUGAGUACUGCGAAGCACAUCUGCCAUUCUUCAACAGAAAUCAGAUGGGUGUGGCGGAUGUGAAAGUGAGCUCCGGCCAGUUAGACGUGUCUAAAGAGAAGAAUCUGUUGGUCUGGGCUCUAGGUCAGAAGUUUCCAAAGUCUCGUGAAGUUACAUUGGAUGGCAAAAUAACUUUUUCUGGAUCCUCACAUGGACCUUCUGACCCUCUCUGCACUGGACUUACUGCCUACAUUAAGUUGUACUUAAGGGUGCCAGACAUGACUCUGUCCGGAUGUUGUGUUGACCAGCAUUCAGUGCAAGUUUAUUCAUCUGCCAAACCAAGGAUUUACACAUCCCGAGAACUUCAGUCCAAAGAGUACUACAUCUGGAAUUCAACUGGUUCAGCCCCUGUGUCCACUGGGCAGAUGGUGAUCUAGAGUAGCUCCAUCAUGGGCGGAUGUACAGUGCACUGUUGAGACUGAAAACCAAGUCCAGCUGAAAUGGAUGCAUAUGACCGUAAACAUAAUGAUUUACUGAAUUUAUUCUGUAUGGCUCCAGUAACAAGUUUGCAAAUACUCAUAGGCAUGAAUUUCAUUUGAAGCUUUUUUUUAGGAAAUAUUUUUGAUACACCAACUAAAAUAAAGCAAAAUACUGAGUUUGAA